AUACAUGUUAUUCUCCCUUAUCUUCUAUUAGUUAAUGAUAGUGACACAUGUAACUUUCGCUCAUAUAGAUUAUGUUUACUCUGGGGUGUCGUCAUUGCGCUCCUGAUAGUUAUUUUAAUAAAUUUAAUUCUAUUUACUUCCUUCUUCAACCGUAUAGAAUUGAGAUCGGGCUACCCCAAAAAAAGUCAGUGAAAUAUGCUUCCAAUUUUUCAAAAACACAGUUCGGAGUUAAGUGAUCUAGAAAAUGCGGAUAAAUGGUCGCAAUAUAUAAAUGGCGUCUUUAUCCCGAAACGAUUUUUGGAAAUUCAGGAUAGAGUUAGUAACUGGGAAGUUAGGGAGGACGACGUGUGGAUAGUUAGUUUUCCUAAAACGGGUACAACAUGGACUCAGGAAAUGGUAUGGUUGAUUCUUAAUGAUUUAGAUUAUAAAGCCGCAGAACAGAAUUUACUUAAACGAUCUCCGCAACUCGAGGCUAGUGCGUUAGUGCGAUAUCCAUGGUUAAAUCUGAUGUGGACAUGGAUACCUCAACCCAUAACAGAUUCUCUAAAAUAUGUAAAAAAUCAAAAAAGUCCGGUCUGUAUAAAAACUCAUCUGCCAUGGAACCUGCUCCCAAAGGAAAUUCAAAAGAAGAUUAAGAAACCAAAAAUUAUUUAUAUAUCAAGGAAUCCUAAGGACACGUGCAUUUCCUAUUAUCAUUUUUCGAGGCUAAUUAAAGAGUUUGAUGGUAGUUUAGAGGAAUUUUGUAACAAAUUUUUGGCUGGCAAUGUCAACUUUGCCCCCUUUUGGAACCACGUACUGCCGUUUUGGAAGCGACGCAACGAUUCAAACAUUUUAUUCCUGAAAUUUGAAGAACUAAAACAGGAUCUACCGGGUGCUAUUCGGAAAACUGCCACAUUUCUUGGAAAAGACGUGAGCGCAGAUCAAGUGGACCAAUUAGCAAAGCACUUGAGCUUUGAAAGCAUGAAAAUAAAUCCGGCGGUUAAUUACGAUUGGCUGGUAAAGUUGUCGAAUUUGUACAAACCUGAUGAAAGUAAUGCAUUUAUGAGACAAGGAAAAGUUGGAGGAUUCAAAGAUGCAUUAACGCCGGAAAUGAUAAUAAAAUUCGACGAGUGGACAGAAGAGUGUAUUAAGGGAACUGGAUUAACUUAUCCUUAGGACUUAAACAGGAAAGAAUUUGCCAUUUAAAUUUUUGCCAAUCAAUUAUCAAACGUGUAAUAAAGGAAGGUUCAUUAAAUAAAGUAUUACAUUGUUUACAAAAAUCA